ACUGUGGCGUGCUGGAUCGUAGCUGACAAAACCUGUUCAGUUCCUUGCUUUCUGAUGAUCAGCACAGGAAUCUGAAGACUUUCCAUCUUUGAAACUUUCCAUAGAGUCUCAGAGCUUUAUGGGUUUAUAUACUUCUGAGUUACGCUGUGAAAACGGCAGGUCUUCAGCUGCCUCGAAAAUUCGUUUAAUUUUUAAACUUGGACCACUUUGUAGUUUUUCUCACCAAGGGUUGACAGUUAUACCUAAAUAAUUUUUGUGGUGAUUGCUGUGCUCAGAUUUUUGGGCUCACCGGGUUUGGAAAUUAAUCCCAGAGAGGUCAAAACACUGAUUGUUUCGCACAUUCGGAGACACUGAGGGAGAGAAAAGACUUGCCUGCGUACCUGAAGGAGGAGGAGCACGAGGAAGCAGGACAGGGUAUCCGAGGCCAGGGGAAGUUUACUAAACAAAGUGGGCGGUGAACAGACCUGGGGGAGGCUUCACUGUGUCACGCUCUGGGCAGGGCACACCAGCGUCUGGAAGACCAAGCUUAGAGCGGAGCACUCGCCGAACCGUUAGGCAUCUUCAGGAACUUGGGAUGCCUGAGAGCAAGCACACCGUGAGCAAGGGCAGCAGCUACCUCUCACACUCUGCCUACAGGAAGAUCAAGCGGGUCCUCAGCUUCAGGAGACGUGUGUUUGGCCAGCGCCUCGAAGAGACGGUUGUGUAUGAGAGGCGGUACGGCCACCAUGUGGUACCGCUGGUCGUGGAACAGUGUGUCGGGUUUAUCCGUCAGCGGGGACUCAAGGAAGUGGGACUCUUCCGGCUGCCGGGACAGGCCACCCUGGUCAAGGAGCUGCAGGAGGCCUUUGAUACGGGAGAGAAGCCCUCCUUUGAUAGCAGCACAGACGUGCACACGGUGGCCUCUCUGCUGAAGCUGUACCUGAGGGAACUGCCAGAGCCAGUGGUGCCCUUCUCCCGGUACCAGGACUUCCUGCUGUGCGGCAGGAUGCUUUCAGCUGAUAGGAAGCAGGGAUUGGUCCAGCUGAAGGCACAUGUACAUGAGCUUCCAGUGGCCAAUUUCAACUUGCUGCACUAUAUCUGCGAGUUUUUGCAUGAGGUUCAGUCUCACUCCGACAGCAACAAGAUGAGCACCCAGAACCUGGCAACCGUAUUUGGGCCAAAUAUCCUGCGGCCUAAAGCCGAAGAUCCCGAAAGCAUCAUUGGAGGGGCGGCUGUGGUGCAGCAGCUGAUGUCAGAGCUGAUCGGCGAGCACCAGAACUUGUUCCUCACAAGAGGGGAAGCUGACAGCAGAGCCGCGUCUGGACCAGAUGCCGUACCUCCCGGAAGGCUGAGAGGCGCGAUGUGUGGCGAAGCCCUUGAGUCCGCGGCGCAGUCGUCCACCUCCAGCCAGGACGCUUCCCGUAAAGGGCUUCACGUGCACCACCAUGCCUCUCGUCCUCCUGUCUCCCCCCUCGCUGAUGAAGGGGCGAAAGGGCUCCCCCAAAGCUCGCCUAACAAUGUUACUGCCCAGUGUGUCCCCCCAACAGACCAUGGGGCACCGGAGACCCCUUUGCUGGGGAAUUUCAGCAUCCCGAGAAACAGCGAAAAAUUUCCACCACGUGUGGACAGUUGUUCUGCUAAAACUGAAGCAAUCCCCCCUGCAGGGGCCCCCCGCCCAGCCCCCGCAGCGGUUCCCACGGAGAUACCAAUGCAGGAUGGCUCUGGGCCAAGCGGAGCCCUGGCCAACAGGUGGAGGGGCCCUGGCCGGAGGAGCUGGGCCAAGGACUCUCAGAACAGUGGUUUGUGUGACGGGCGCAAGAGCGCCGUGCCUCUGGACUGCACUCUGUCCAUUUACGAGAACGUUGACCGUUCCGGGAGCGCUUGCUGCGACGGCAGCGGGGGGGCGCUUUGCAUCCGGGCACCGGAGGACGGGAUGACGAGUGUGGAGAGCAGCUCUUGGUCCUCCUGCGAGAUCUUCCUCGAGGAAAGCGCCGCAGGCUCCAGAGCGACCUUGAGCCGCUCCCCAUCUCUUAGGGUCGACCCAGGGGAACCUCGGAUCAACUCGGACGCCUCCUCCUCUAUAGCCGAGGCCCCUCUGAGCAGCGGCAGCAGUGAGGUUUUCCUGCCUUCGGUGCCCCCAGACCAGUCCUCCCAGCUCUCGAGCACCAUGGACCGUCUUCUCGCCAGUCUCCAGCAACAGAUGGCCAAGCAGAGGGCAGAGUAUGAAGCUCAAAUCAAGAGCUUGGAGCGGCGGAACGAAGCCCUCCAGGAGGAGGUCGCGGCCCUGAGAGCAAACCUGGAGCAGCAGCGGCGCUGGUACAGCGUGGCCGAGGUGAAGAUGCGCAACGCUGAGCGUGCCCGGCUGGAUGCCGACCGCCGCAACGCCGCGCUGCAGCGCGAGAUGGAGCAGUUCUUCGACACGUUCGGGGAGCUCAACGUGGAGGUUAGGAAGACUGAGCGCAUUGCACAGAGCUUCUGAGCUCCAUCGUGGCAGCUGGACAGGAACAGGAGCUGCCACAUCACCAGAGCUUCUCCAAGGUGCUCCUCAACCACAAACCAAGACUGCCACACCACUAUUACGUUCUGAAUCUGAAUGUAUUCCUCUGUGCUUUAUUACUAUUAAUUUAUUUAGCCAAAUUUUUAUCCUACCUUGAUUAUAUAUUUACUCAGGAUUUUUAACAAUUUUUUUUUAGAAAAAUCUGUGCGGCUCAGUCAGUAGGGAUUUGUUUCACAUCCAUACCUUGUGAAUGAGGACAUUCUGGACAACUAAAACAUUCUAAACCUCAUCACAGAAUUCUUCCGUUCCCCUACUAGCACACAUUUUCAGGGUUAAAAAAAAGUGCUAUCAGGAUCUUGCAGAUAUACAAUUACAAAAUCUAUGCAUAUAGACUUGGUCACAAGUGGAUAUUCACUUUUUUAGUUUUUGUGUACGCCGUUGCUCAUUUGCUGUGGAUGUUUUAUUUUAAAUACAGGCUACAUAAAGGAAUGUAUCAUAUAAUGAUAAAUGGGUAAUAUAUGAUAAAUAGCAGUUACACUCAUUGUAAGACACAGAAAAAAGUACUACUGUCCAACGUGCCUGUAUGUAUUUGAACCACUUACUCUUUGAAAGAUGAUUCCAGAAGGUGCCGUGGACCUGAGAGCAUGUAUCGGAUUUACCCAUCCAUGGUCACAUCCAUCCCCCCUCAUGGAAGAAGUGACUCUUCCAGUACAUUGUGUACAGAGUCACCACCUGAAGUUUUACAUGCCAU